GUUGGACGCAGACCGUCACCUGCACAAAGGCCAACAGUGAGACGGGUUCGCCCCUGGAAGCCGAGGCAUCCUCUCUUCCUUUUCUUAUCCGCUCUCCUACUGGCAAUAUCAUGGAUCCUGGUCGACUCCACAUCAAUACGCCAACCGUGAUUGGUAUCUCAGUCGCGAUAGCUGGAAAUAUCCUCAUUUCAUUAGCUCUGAAUAUACAGAAGCUCGCGCACAAGCGAUUAGACGUCGAUAAAUUGUCAUCUCUGAACGCUUUAGGGAGAAACGGUGCCGCAAAACCUCGAGAUGACGACGAUAGUACUGGUCCAAGCCUCAACGAAAGGGAUGAAGAUCAGGAGGCAACAGUGGUGGGAGUAGCACAGUCAGAUAACGAGUCGGAUAUCUUUGGAUAUCCAGAGGCAGUACCCUUGAUGUCGUCGAAUGGCCAGACAAACUAUGGAUCCUCGCCUUCACCCAGAAAGCCACACAAACGAAGCAUUUCUGAGUUCUUGUCACUACCUCAGUUUGUGAGGAGACAGAAGGUGUCUAUAGUAUCAAUUCCAGGCGAUGUAAUGGUGGAGGAGAGCGCGUCGCCUCAACAAAACAAGUUCGGUCGUGCUGAGGAGCUUGAACAGAAUGAAGGUGACUACCUGAAAUCCAAGCUUUGGUGGUCUGGUUUUCUCCUCAUGAAUAUUGGUGAAAUAGGCAACUUCAUAUCGUAUGCCUGGGCGCCUGCUUCGGUUGUUGCUCCUCUCGGAACUUUUGCUCUCAUUGCCAACUGUUUCUUUGCCCCCCUUUUACUCCGAGAACGGUUUCGCAAGCGUGAUAUACUGGGCGUAUUACUUGCUAUGAUUGGGGCUGUAACAGUGGUGUUAGCAUCCAGUUCUGCUGAAACGCGUCUUGAUCCCGACGGGCUGGUGAAAGCUAUAUCUCAAACUCCGUUCAUCGUCUAUUCAUGCAUUUAUGUUGCUGGAUCAAUAAUUCUUUCUAUUUUAUCUGAAGGAUCUCUGGGUCGGCGAUGGGUAACCGUCGACGUAGGCUUAUGUGCCCUUUUUGGGGGCUUUACUGUUCUUUCUACAAAAGCUAUAUCCACCCUGCUGACGAUGCAAUGGAUAGAAAUGUUCGCAAGCCCUAUCACAUAUCCAGUCAUCCUUGUUCUUGCAGUUACAGGUAUAGGACAAAUCAGAUACCUAAAUCGCGCCUUAAUGAGAUUCGACAGCAAGAUUGUUAUACCCACUCAGUUUGUUUUGUUUAACCUUUCAGCUAUCGUGGGAUCUGCGAUACUGUAUGGUGACUUUCAAAAGGCAUCUUUCCACCAAAUCGUAACUUUUCUGUAUGGCUGUUCAGCCACCUUUGUGGGUGUAUACAUCAUCGCACGGUCACCCCAAGAUAACGGUGCUUCCGAUCGGUUAGAGGAACAAGCCGAGGUUGAAGAUGCUCAAAACAGGAACACUCUCGAAGACGCUCGGUCCCCGCGUUCGCGGGCAACAGUUGUACAACCAUCUCCUAGAGACACCCCGGGUCUAAACCUGAGGCGUAGACGCAGUACUGUCAAUCUAAUAGGCUUAACGUCGGCUCAGCAUCUUUUGUUAGUGCAUACGCCUCCCCGUGAAUCGCUUGCUCGGGAGCGGGAUUUCGAACGGGGAACCCCCGUUCCAACGCCAGACCAUUACCAACCACAUCGAGCCCAAAGUUGGAGAAGUGAUGAUUCAUUUGACGUUAUUCCCAGUGAUAGUAGCGUUUCUCGCCGACCACAAGAGGGUACCCAGCGCUCGAGAAGCGGAGGCGAAACACCUCGGUGACCCUGCCUGUGGCGUCUAGCUUUGUCUAUUUAUGUUUUGCCGGAAUUAUCCUUAUGAGAAGCCGCGGUUUACUCUAAUUUUCCCAAGUUCUAAUUCAGAGGUUUUGCAAUAGCAUCAAUCAUUAAUGCGUCCUUCGUGGGCAUGCAUGGUUAACCCCGUAGGGCGUUUUACUGUUUCAGCUUGAGCGGUACAGAUUCGAGUCGCUCCGAAGCGCACAAUCAGCGCAGUGCACCCGCCUAUCCCCUAGAUCAUCAAACGGAUGAUGGUGUACACAUAAAAGACUUGAUACUCGGCGUUUCUCGAGAUGAUUGUAUACUAGUAGCAUAUUAUGGGAUCGGU